AGUCCCCGUUCCCCCCCGACCCCGCUGUCCCGUGCCGAGGCCUGCGGCUUUAAGAAGCCGUCGCUGGCGGCCGCGGCGCAGAGGAAGAAGGCGAAUUUCAAGCUGGAGCUGCCGGAGGAGCAGCAGCGGGAGAUCCGCGACGCCUUCGAGCUCUUCGACACCGACGGCAGCGGCAGCAUCGAUGUCAAGGAGCUGAAGGUGGCCAUGAGGGCCCUGGGGUUUGAACCUAAGAAAGAAGAGAUCAAGAAAAUUAUCUCAGACAUCGAUAAGGAAGGGACAGGAAAAAUCAGCUUCAGUGACUUCCUGGCAGUGAUGUCACAGAGAAUGGCUGAAAAAGAUUCCAAAGAGGAGAUCCUCAAAGCUUUCAAACUCUUUGAUGAUGAUGAGACUGGAAAAAUCUCUUUCCAAAACCUCAAACGUGUGGCCAAAGUGCUGGGGGAGAACCUCACUGAUGAAGAGCUGCAGGAGAUGAUUGAUGAGGCAGAUCGGGAUGGGGACGGGCAAGUGAGCGAGCAGGAGUUCCUGAGGAUCAUGAAGAAGACUGGCCUGUACUGAACCCAGUGGGAUUUGUGUACAUUCCUUAGGGAAUGGGAGCCUCAUUUUGUGGUGUCUUGAUUUCUUUGGAGGCAGCAGAAAAUACAGGUCAGUUCUGUGGGAAGUUUUUUGUGUAAAAAAAUUUUAAUUUUAAAGGUGUUUGGGACCAGUUUGCACCGCUCUGUUUACAAGCAGCAACGUGGUUGCUGGUUAUGAUGUUUACACUGCUUUGAAUACACAAAUCACAUUUUUGGGACCAAAUUUAGAUCCUUUUCUGACUAAAAAAAAGGGUCCAAACAAUUCAGUUUGGUAAAGAGAUGACUCAGAAUCAGUGUCAAUCUAUUGCUCAGUGUAAAUCCAUUUUAUGUCUUGGUUUGGGCCUUACAGUGAACUCUUUUCAUGACAUAUUUGCAGGAACCAUCUUUUUAGAACCUGUUUUAUGGGAUUAUCCCUUCCCCCUUUUCUAGGGCAUUUAUUAAACUCAAAAUAAAAAUAAACUGCUGCAAUUUACCUUGUGUUCAGUUCACAUGGCUAAGGAAAUCUUUGCAGAAGGAAAUUCCCAGUGCUGCUGCUGAGGGCUCUGUGCUUGCAGGAAUGCUCAGAGGCUGCAGAUGGGAUUGGAUUUCAAAUAAAAUCUUAUUUUUAAGCCAUCAGA